AUCAAAGCUCGGAGAAUUUCCACUAUACCACACUGCAACUCGGCCCAAAUCUAAGCAACGCAAACUCACAUGCACAUGCACACCGCGUAAUUAGCUCCCACCCCGCCGAUCCAUAUAAGACCCCCGCCACUCCCUCCACUGCCCUCUCGCCGGCCUCCUCCCCCACCCCCACCGAUCAAGUCACCAUCUCUUCUCCGGCCACCGUGUCCUCCGAUCAGGUCAAUCCCUCUCACAUCGCCCGCAUAGCUCCCCGGCUGGCCGUAGUCUGAUCGAUCGCUGCAGAAGAAGGAUCUGUGAACGAGGAUGUUGUCGUCGCACCCGCACGAGGCGGCCAUGCUGCCGUACGUGCCGCGGCCGCCGUCGCUGCUGGUGGACCGCCGCUACAGCACCGGCGCCGAGGUGGCGCCCAACUGCCCGCGCUGCGACUCGCCCAACACCAAGUUCUGCUACUACAACAACUACAGCCUCAGCCAGCCGCGCUACUUCUGCAAGGGCUGCCGCCGGUACUGGACCAAGGGUGGGUCUCUCCGGAACGUGCCCGUCGGCGGCGGAUGCCGGAAGAACCGCCGGGGGAAGUCGUCCGUGCGGUCGGCGUCCGACUCUUUCUCCGGCGUCCGCGACGCCACGUUCGGCCAUGGAGGGUUCCCCGGCCCGCUCCGGCCGGACAUGGUCCUGGAAGGCAUGGUCGGCAACCCGGCGAACCCUGGCCAGGUGAUGCACGACGUGCCCACCGCGCCCGACGGCUCGUCCAUCGACCUCGCAAUGCUCUACUCCAAGUUUCUGAACAACCAGCAACCGGCCGGCGACGGUAGCCUUGUCGGCUCCGUCACGCCGGAGUCGGCCGGUGGGCACGUCGACGAGACGUUCGACACGUUCAGCGCCUCCAGCGACAUGAGCCCCGCCGGCGUUCUGGCGCCCGCGCAGUUCGACGCGAGCCCGGACGGGUUCCUCGAAUGGUCCCGACCGGUGAGCAGCGCCGACCCAACUUGUACGGCCAGCCCAGCUACCGCAACCACCAUGCUGUGCACCGACGAGAGCGUGCAAGCUGCGCUCGGCGAGCUCAACUUCGCCAUGGAUCAGAGCUGUUUCGACUCGUUGGGGUUGCCCACGGACGGUGCCGCCGCUAACCUCUCGUCGUGGUGCUCGAUCGUUCCGAGCUUGUCGACAUGGGAGGAGCCCAAGUACGACUCGCUUGAUUCGUUCCCUGACGACACCCUCAGCCUCCAUGACGGAAUCCUUGCUGCCGAUCAUGACUGGAGCGCGGAUUGCCAAGGAUUGGAAGCUCUCUACAUGCCGUAAUUAUAUAUACAGUUACAAUGAUUUUUUUUGGCUAAUUUGCUGUUAUUUUUGUCAGUUUGUCCCUUUUUACUUUCUUUCAAUUUGGUUUGGAAGAAUUAUUAUAUAUACAUACAUAGAUAUAAUGUAUGUUCUGAAGAGAGGAGUGAGGCGGUAAUGAAGUACUCAUAUGUGAAGAAAUUAAGGGUCGGUAUACUUGUGAGAUAGAUGUUGAAAAUAUUGGAAAAUAUUUGAUUA